CAGAACGCGUGUGCUGAGAUUGAUGGUGUCCCCACCCACCCCACAGCUUUGAAUCGUGUCCUGCAGCAGAUCCGAGUGCCACCCAAGAUGAAGAGAGGGACAAGCUUGCAUAGUAGGCGGGGCAAGCCAGAGGCCCCAAAGGGAAGUCCCCAAAUCAACAGGAAAUCUGGUCAGGAGAUGGCAACUGUUAUGCAGUCCGGCCGACCCAGGUCUUCAUCCACUACUGAUGCUCCUACCAGCUCCACUGUGAUGGAGAUAGCUUGUGCUGCUGCUGCUGCUGCGUGUCUGCCAGGAGAUGAGGCACCUGCAGAGCGGAUCGAGCGGUUGGAGGUAAGCAGCCUCGCCCAGACUUCCAGUGCAGUGGCCUCCAGCACUGAUGGCAGCCUCCACACAGACUCUGUGGAUGGAACACCAGACCCUCAGCGCACAAAGGCUGCUAUUGCUCACUUGCAGCAGAAGAUCCUGAAGCUAACAGAACAAAUCAAGAUUGCACAGACAGCCCGGGACGACAACGUUGCUGAGUAUCUGAAGCUUGCCAACAGUGCAGACAAGCAGCAGGCUGCCCGUAUCAAGCAGGUCUUUGAGAAGAAGAACCAGAAAUCUGCCCAGACCAUCCUCCAACUACAGAAGAAGCUUGAGCACUACCACAGGAAGCUCCGAGAGGUGGAGCAGAAUGGGAUACCCCGGCAGCCAAAGGACGUCUUCAGGGACAUGCACCAGGGUCUGAAGGAUGUGGGGGCGAAGGUGACUGGCUUCAGUGAAGGUGUAGUGGACAGUGUCAAAGGUGGACUCUCCAGCUUCUCCCAGGCAACACAUUCAGCAGCAGGGGCUGUGGUCUCAAAGCCCAGAGAGAUUGCUUCAUUAAUUCGGAAUAAGUUUGGCAGUGCGGACAAUAUCCCUAACCUGAAGGACUCUUUAGAGGAGGGGCAAGUGGAUGAUGGGGGGAAGGCUUUGGGAGUGAUUUCAAACUUCCAGUCGAGCCCCAAAUAUGGUAGUGAGGAAGAUUGUUCUAGUGCCACUUCAGGCUCAGUGGGAGCCAACAGCACCACUGGAGGCAUCGCUGUAGGAGCGUCCAGCUCCAAGACAAACACCCUGGACAUGCAGAGCUCAGGAUUCGAUGCACUACUCCAUGAGAUCCAGGAGAUCCGGGAAACCCAGGCCAGACUAGAGGAAUCCUUUGAGACCCUCAAGGAACAUUACCAGAGAGACUAUUCAUUAAUAAUGCAGGCCUUACAGGAGGAGCGAUAUAGAUGUGAACGAUUAGAAGAACAACUAAAUGAUCUAACAGAGCUCCACCAGAACGAAAUCUUGAACUUGAAGCAGGAAUUGGCCAGCAUGGAAGAGAAGAUUGCAUACCAGUCGUAUGAACGGGCCCGGGACAUCCAGGAGGCCCUGGAGGCAUGCCAGACCCGCAUCUCCAAGAUGGAGCUGCAGCAGCAGCAGCAGCAGGUGGUACAGCUGGAGGGGCUGGAGAAUGCCACUGCCCGGAACCUUCUGGGCAAACUCAUCAACAUCCUCCUGGCGGUCAUGGCAGUCCUUUUGGUCUUCGUCUCCACAGUCGCCAACUGUGUGGUUCCCCUCAUGAAGACUCGCAACAGGACGUUCAGCACUUUAUUCCUUGUGGUUUUCAUUGCCUUUCUCUGGAAGCACUGGGAUGCCCUCUUCAGCUAUGUAGAACGGUUCUUUUCCUCUCCGAGAUGAUGCUGGCACAAGAAGGCAGUGCUCCCUUACCCUCUGGCGAGUGCAUGCAGUGAAGAAUUAGACAGCAACUUACCUACUCUGAAGUUUUCUACAACAACAAAAGAGUUGAGUGAAUCUGUUUACAUUUAGAAUAAUGUUUUUUUCUUCAAAAGACGCAAUUGCAAUAGUAUUUUUUAGAUUUUAUCCAAGAAGUUUUUUGGGCAAAAAUCUUGGAUCAUUUUUAUGUAGCAUGAUUUUCCUUGGGAUGCAAAUCUUAAACAGUCCUUUAACAUGAACCAACAAUCUGGAGCACACUGAAGGGCAUUCUAAAUUGUGGCUUGAAGGACUGCACUAAAACCCACUAAAAAGAUGCGAAAACCUGACUAGGGAAACCAGUUAAACCUAACCCCCUGCCUUGUCUGGGCUCACCACCUCUCCCCUUCCCAGACUAACUUUACUGUGAAGUCCUACCACAUUCCAUGUCUGAAUUUCUGGAUUCAGGGUGGAUUUCCUUGUCCGUGGAAGAACACAUGGAUCUCCCUGGCUUUUUCACCCAAGUUGGCCACUUGUGCCAACCCUGGAAGUAUGAUCGCUUUUGAACCUGGUCCCUUAACCUUCGCUAGGAUAAAAGUGAGAGCAUCACGCCCAAGGAUCACUGCACAGUCCUACUACAGUAUUUUGAAGUAUCCCUCUAAAUACUUAAUUUUAAACAAACCCCAUGGCCGCACUUUUAUGGUUUUUUUUUUAAAUAUGUGUAUAGUCACCAUUUAAAACAAGAUCCAAACAGCAUACUUGAAGAAUGUAAUACUCAAACUCUCAGUGCUUCCUUAUGGUUUCUAAUAGGAUUUUUUAUUAUUGUUAUUAUUAUUAUUGGGUUUUUUUGGAAAGGGUUGGGAGGGUCUUUUAUUUUUUCCUUUGAAAUAAAGAAGUGAUGUUUUUAAA